UGAACAAACAGAAGAUGAAGUUUUCGGCACAAAUAUCCCACAAACAGUUGUUAUUCCUGAAAUAGACAUUCGAAUACUUAGAUUUAUUCAACAAAAUGAGAAAUUUAAGGAAAUUGUUGAACAAGAAUUACUUAGUCAUCACGCUCAGGUUUAUUGGCCAAAGGGAGGAUCCGACAGUUGCGAAGUCAGAAUCAACUGCAUUGUUGAUGAAUCAAACAUUUUGUCCAAUAGAUUUAUCUUGAGAUGGGAACAAGAAAUUAGAGAAUUUUUCAAAUACUUGAUGGACAAGAUUUAUGUCCAUUGUAUCACCUUAAUCGGUGAAUUUAAUUUUGAUGAUUCGUGUGUUGAAUGCACUGCAGACAAUGAAGAAAACAUACUUGUUCUAUUCGACAAAGGUAAAUCUAUGAUAACUUUUGUGGGUACAUCUCCAAAGCUAGCUUCCACCUUACGAUCCGAGCAUAACUUCUCAGGGGAUGCCGAGGAAGAGUUGAAAGUGGAGAAAGUGUUUCUUGCACAUGCAGUUGAAUUUAAAAUGUUCAGAUCACUGGGAUAUAGAGAGAAAAUAGCAACGGAAGUGCCACACAUUUGUAUAAAGGAGAGGAAGGAUGAUUUAGCUGUUGAAUUAGAAGGGAAUCUGUUAGAUGUAAGGAAAGCAAAACUAAUAAUGCUUGAUAUAAAGAACGAGUUUAAAACUGUAUUUUUCUACCCAUUAUCAGCAUUAUCGUCGAAUCUGUACUCGAAUUUGCCGACAGUCGAUUUUGUAAACAAAAGGCUACAGGAUGCUGGUUUGGAUUGCAUCUGGAGUGUUUCUCAUACAAAAUUAAUCUUAUGUUGCCAAAACAAGUUUGAUUCUGAAAUAUGCAUGGAUGUUAUUAAAGCAUCAGUCAUUGAUGAUGUCAUUCAUCAGCACACAAAUAAAGUUGAAAGCUGUGACUUGCGUCUUGUAGAAAAAAAGAUAAAUGAAAUCGAGGCAAAGUACCCAGGAAAAGUUGCUAUAUCGUUAACAGUAGAUAACAAGAUUCAUCUCUGUUCAACGAAAGACAUACGGGAGGUCAUUCUGGAAGAGUUUAGGGCAACCAUACAAAAGCAGAAUGAUUCAAAUGCAUGUCGUUCUAAAGGUCAUGAUCCACAGGAAGGUCAAGGCCGUGGUCAAGGGAUGAAUUUUCCAUUUGGACCUGGUGGACCUUGACAGAUAACUUAUGGUUAUUCUCUUGGGUAUCCAAUGUUUGGCAUGCCACCCCUGAAUCAAUUUAAUAUCAAAGAAGAGGAACCAGUAGACCCCGAGCCUGAAAACAGGGAACCAUCUGAACCAGAAACGCCCGAGGAGAACCAAAGAAAAAUAGUUGUAAGCAAUCUACCAUCAACAGCCCAUGAUGAAUACUUACAGAUGUUUUUUGACAAUAAACGGAAGUUCAAAGGAUGUGAUGUUUAUAGUGUUGAAAUGGAUGAAGAUGGGACAUCUGCCAUUAUUGAGUUUGAGACACCAGAAGCUGUAGAUAUUGUCCUGAGCAAAUGUCCACUAAAGAUGAUGGGACAAGAAGUUGAAAUUUCAAAGUACGAGCCACCUCCAUCGGUUUUGUUAUGCACCGUAGAAGUGACCGGACCGUGUAGUGUGGUAAGCGAAGAUUAUCUUGAGGGACUAGAAAUGUACUUUGAGAGUAAAAAUCGAUCCGGAGGUGAUGAUGUUGUUGAUAUAAAGUUUGAUACACUAAAUAACAUGGUCCUUGUCACGUUUGACAGUGAAGAAGUUGCACAGAGGGUUGUAGAGAAAGAACAGCAUUCAAUAAAGAAUGAGAAACUCAAUGUUAAAAUUCACAUUCCGUCCAAAAAGUCGGAAAAUCCAGAUGACAUGGCGGAGGAAAUGGAAGAGGAGGAAGAGACUGAGCCACCUAAAACAAUAAAAGUAAAAGGGAUUAACAAAUCUACAUCGAGAGAUACAGUCGAGUUUUAUUUUGAGCAUUCCCGGCGAUCAGGAGGAGGUGAUAUAGAGACCAUUAAAAGUGAUGAUGAGGAUGAAGAUGUCCUUUACAUCACGUUUAAAUCAACCGAGGUGGCUGUAAGUGUAUCGAAGAGAACUCACAAACUGGAAGGAAAAUCAUUAAAUGUUUCCCUGUAUGUGCCCCCUGUAGCACCUCCAUCGUACGACAACAAAAUUCUGCUUAAAGGAUUGCAAGCCAGUACAACUCAAGAUUGUUUGUUCACUUUUAUCGAGGCGAAAUCUGGAUGCGUGCCAGAAACAAUGGACUAUCAUUCUGAACAAGAGGAUGUUGUUAUUAUUACCUUUAGUGAACCACCAGACUUUAAGAAAUUGGAGAGUGCAUUUGAUAAAUAUAAACUGGAAGGAGCGUCACUGAAGAUAUGUCCUGUACCGAUAUCAAACUGUAUCAUUGUGGCAAAUUUGGCCUCCGAUGUCACCAUAGACACCAUUGAGUUUUACUUUGAAAACAAAAGAAAGAGUGGGGGUGGAGAAGUUGAAAAAGUUGUGAUGAAUGAGGAUGACACGUGUCUUGUUUACUUUGCUGAUUACACAGUGAUUGAUGAUGUGUUAGAAAAAGAACAUACACUCAAUAGACAGCUGCUUGAUGUAAAAAGAUAUCAGGAAUGUCUUGGUCGUCCUGAGGGAGAAAUAGCGGAAAGUGUAUUACGCCUUCCUGAAGAUCUUGUUCUUAUAAAUGUUGAUGCCCAGAAAUUAAAGUUAAUGAAAUAUUCCGAUGCUUUUCGUUUGGAAAUAGAAAGACAACUUGACUCUUGUUAUGCUACGAUUGUUUGGCCAGAAGAAGGUGGAGAAGUUAUUUUAAAAUGCACAUUGACAACUGAGGUCAAAGACUGCUCCAAAUUGAUAAAAACGUGGAAAAACACAGCAGCGGAAAUUUUUGAAGACUUUAUGAAACUCAUCAUAGUGAAAAAGGUGCAGAUACUGCAGGAUAUAUGGGGCAAGGUGAUGGAGGAACUACAGACGUUCUAUUUAGAAAACCCUAAAACAGUUGCUAUAUUUGUAGAUAAGAAUGAAGGUGUUAUAACAGUGGCCGGAAUUAAGAAAGUAGCUGAAGAUCUUUCAACAAAGAUUGAAAAUAUGACAAAAGUAGUUAUGGCGAAGUAGAAAAAGAGCGUGUAAAAAAUAAAAGAAACCAUCACAUCCUUGAAAAAUAUUGAAACUAGAAUGCUUUUAGCUGAUAAAUUUCCUACAGAAAUUGAAAAACUUUUCCCAUACCUGAAAGUUAAGAUAAAUCAGAACAAAAAUGAAACUCUCUUUGAAGGGCCGCUAGUGCAGGUACGAGAUGCUAAAUUAAAGAUGUAUGAAUUGAAGGCUGGAUUUGCUAUAGAUCGCUCCAAAAAUGUUUCGGAACUUGCCACAGGAACAUGUUAUAGACAAGCUUAAAGCUUAACAGGUAGUUACACUUUCACCGUUUCCACUCAAUCCAUGGUGUGUCAUUUAUCACAGAGCCUAGUAACUAUACAAUAGAAGAAUUUCCUGUGUUCUCUAAUUGAUUUUAGUCAAAGAUCAAUGUCAGUGACCUUGCAUUUGACAUUUUUAUAGUAACUGGACAAUCGUUAGACACAGAACCUUAAAAUUGUUUGAGAACAUUAAAAAGUGUUUAGGAUCUAUUUUACAGUAAUUUUGUACAUGGAUUUUGACUUCAUGUCUGCCCACAACUUAAAAAAUAUUAAUAAUUUAACAUAUAGUCUUCUUAUUUUAUUCUCUAAUUAUUAUUUUUCUUAACACCUGAUAAUGUUCUUUAAUUAUUUCUGCUCAUGACCGUAACGCAUUGUCACUGCUAAGGAUGAGGCAUAUGUUUUAUUUUGACAUAUUUUAUUUGCUUAGUACAUUAAUUAAAUCUUAUAUUAAAUAUUUUUCAUCAAGCUUCAUUUUUUGUUGCUCUUUUUAUUUAUUUACAGUGUAAAUUAUUCUUUAAAAAUUGACCAAGGAAAGAAAUAUUAAUUUUUUUGAGCGCAUUGUUAAAGAAUCAUAUAAUGCUCAGUUUGAGUUUAAAUGCAUAGGAAUGUUAUCACGGUUGAUAUUUCUCUUCAAUUAUUUAUUACAGUUUUGUUAAUAAA